AAAAGUAAAGAAAUAACUUUUAUGUAUACGGAGAGAGUGGUGGCGUAAAGAGGUGAAGGAAGGAAUAGCGAAUAUGCGGGGGGGAGAGAAGAGAAGUGUGGUGAGAUGAAGAGGCAUAAAUGUUGUUCAUCUCCUUUACUCGGAGAAACAAUGCAUGCGUGCUGUCGACUAUUUCUUAGAUCCAUCUAGCCAAGGGGGAGGAGGAGGAGCGGUUAUCCUUCAAAUUGAUUAAUGUUGUUGUUGUUAUUAUUAUUAUAGAUAGAGAGAUAUAAUGGAGAAUGUAGUAGUAAAGAAAAAAGCAUCUUUAUCUAAUGUUGGAGCAUGGGGGAUGAACAUUGUCAGCUCCGUUGGAAUUAUCAUCGCUAACAAACAACUCAUGUCCAACAAUGGCUAUGUUUUCACUUUUGCCAGCACGUUAACUGGCUGCCAUUUUGCUGUUACCGCUCUCGUUGGUAUACUCUCCAAUGCUACCGGUUACUCGUCUUCAUCAAAGCAUGUCCCUAUGUGGGAGCUUCUUUGGUUCUCUAUGGUCGCCAAUUUGUCUAUCACUGCCAUGAAUUUUAGCCUAAUGCUAAACUCUGUUGGAUUCUACCAAAUAUCAAAAUUGAGUAUGAUUCCCGUGGUUUGUGUUAUGGAAAGGAUUCUUCACAACAAGCACUUUUCAAGGAAAGUGAAAAUUUCAGUGGUGGUUGUGGUUAUUGGUGUUGGUGUUUGUACCGUAACUGAUGUAAAAGUUAACCUCAAAGGUUUCACAUGUGCAUGUUUAGCAGUUUUCUCUACAUCUUUGCAACAAAUUUCGAUAGGUUCUCUUCAAAAGAAAUAUUCGAUUGGAUCUUUUGAAUUGCUAAGUAAGACUGCUCCCAUUCAAUCUCUUUUUCUUCUUACUAUUGGUCCAUUUGUUGAUUACUACUUGAGUGGCAAAUUGAUAACCAACUAUAAGAUGUCUUUCGGUGCCUUUUUAUGCAUUCUUCUUUCAUGCUCCCUAGCUGUAUUUUGCAAUGUGAGCCAGUACCUUUGCAUCGGCCGCUUUUCUGCUGUUUCCUUCCAGGUUUUAGGCCACAUGAAAACAGUAUGUGUUCUAACGUUGGGAUGGUUGCUAUUUGAUUCAGAGCUAAAUUUUAAGAAUAUCAUGGGAAUGGGUGUCGCAGUUAUUGGCAUGAUAAUUUACAGUUGGGCGGCGGAGGCUGAGAAAAAGUCAAAUGAAAAGACCUUUCAUCAUGCAAAAAACAGCCUAACUGAAGAAGAAAUGAGAUUAUUGACAGGUGGAAUAGACAAGAUUUCUUUGCAAGAUGUUGAAUUUGGUGAAGAUCAAGAAUUAAGCCAUGAUGAUAAAAUUUGAUGAAAUGAGUGCAUAUAGUUAUGACACACAUUUCUUUAUUUGCAUCUUUUGUCUAGUUAAAAUGGUAGUAAAACUUGGUAUGCAUCUGCUUGCACUUGCACAUAUUCAUUUCUGUUGUGCUCAUGUUAAUAUAAAUGUUUCUUUAUUGGUUGAUUUAUAACAUUUCUUUUAUGUUGAGCUUAUUUAUUUGGAUGGCCAAGAAAUUUACAACUAUGAGGAUAUAAUACCAUUAGGAUGUAAAAAGUUCAAUAAUACAAUAUAUCAGCUGAUACAAUUUUUUGUAAUUAAAGUCUUUUUAUGUUGUCCACUUAAUAAUUCAUAUGAAAAUAUGAACGAACGAACAAACAAAUUGUAAAGUAUUGGCAAUGGAGUAGUGGUGGGUUUUGGCGGCCUUCGUGAAAAGAUAAUAAAACAAACACAUUUGAAAGUUGAAACACAUACUAAUGGACUUGGUGCAUAUUUCAGUCAGGGAAUUGUUUUUCUAGUGAGAUUUGGUAAUAAAGUUGUCUUAAACAAUUGCUUUCAGUGAUAUUAUAUAAGAGAUUUGUGUGGUUUGCGUCUUUUGCAUAUCAUAUGGCCAGAGUUAGUCCUCUGGAAGUUUGGCAUCGGGAGUUUCCUAAAAGAAAUAAGCACACUAUUAUAGAUGGUUCUUUUUUUGAACAAGACUAUAAAUGAUUCUUAAUAGUGGCCUCAAAGCCCAAAGUAAAUGUACCUAUUUUUCAUUAGAGGUCUUAUCUUACCCUCUUUUUGGUAUGUGUCAAAUGUCAAGAUGAUACACUUCAUGUCCAUAAAAGACUGCUUCCACGACAAGUAAGGGUAGUAACAAGUCUUUUUCCCUGCUAAUUUUAGAAAUACUUACUCAUGUGAUCUUCGUGAAUGGAUGUUGGCGUUCUUAACUCUAAAUCAUGAAGAGGAGGAGAAAGGUUAUUGAUCAUAUUAUCUUUAACCUUACAAAUUUCAUUGUGUUGAGUCUUGUUAAGAGUCUAAAUGUCUGAGAAAUAUCAAUAGAGAACAUGAGUGUCAUUGUGUGAGUGAGUUUUGUCUUCAAAUAUCGUGGUGAACUAUUUAUAUGCCUAAUUAUAUGAUCAACAAUAUGUUCUUAAAUGCUAAUAUAUGAUAACUAUUCAAUACCGAUAUAUGUGUUGAUAUGUCUCUAAGUAUGUGUUUAAUGUUUAUACUUGUUCCUAUUGAAAUCAUGUGAAUAUAUGUGUUGUUCUGUUUACUUA